AUGGCUCAGAACGACUCUGGGGUUGACGUUAUUGGAAUGAGCUUCAACGUUUUUGCUGUAGUGAAUGUGUCUGCAUCUGUUUCCAGCAUCCUUAUGAACCUAUUUUUUGUUUUCUGCAUGAUCUUGCCACACCAAGAGUCGGAGCAGCUGAAACAACCUCUUAGCAUUUUACUUGGAUCACUUGUUGGAUGCAGUAUUGCUGUUCAUGCAUGUGUUCUUGUUUUUGUUCACAAUGGCUUCAUCUCCUUCGCAUCAGAUUCAUCACAGUUUAUGUUUUACCACCUCAUACAAGAACUUAUGCUGUUUACCAUGAGGACCAGUGUGACCUCCCACAUUUGGCUGAAUGUGUAUUACUACUGCCAGAUUGUUCCAGCUCAGUGUUCAUUCUUCAUCUGGUUGAAGAGAAACAUAAGAGUCUUUGUGUACUCUGCUCUGGUCACUGAAAAACUCUUCUUUUUGUCUGGUUUCAUCAGCAACAUUUUAUAUUAUUCUGAAGUGCUGCAAUGUUGUUACAGUACCAAUGAUACAAAUUCAAGUCUCACAGGCACACAACAUAAUGCCACAGACACAAAGCUUCUUGUGCUGUCCAAUAUAUUUAAUGUACAGUAUUGGUUAAGAUUAGCCUAUUUCUUGCUUAGUCUUUGUGUGAUGUCAGCAUCAAGCGGUGUGACUGUUCUCUACCUGUGGAGACACAUGAUGAACAUGGAGGAGAGCAGUAGCUCCUUCUCCUCUCCUCGUCUCCACAGACACAUGAGAGUGACCAUCACCGGCAUCAUACAUGCUGUCCUUUACAUCAUAUGCUCAACCUGGUUAAUAUGUGAUGGACCCCUUCGAAUUCAGUUACCCAGUCAUUUUGAUCCAGAACGCAACAUAUAUUGCACUGUUAUCUCUUUGUACACCUUUUGCUCAACCUUGAACUUGGGUGCUGGUCAGUCAAUAUUCAGACAGCGUAUAGUUAAUGCAUGGCAAAACCUUCUGCAAAUUUUCAAAUACUUGUAUGAGUAA